GCCCAUAUCCCAAAGAUCCACCUCGCAAAACCCCCCUUUAUAAACGCCGCGUCAUCUCUCUCUUCUCGGAUCGUCAUCGGAGGGUUUGAGACGGAGCUAGGGUUUCUGCAACUGCAAAGCAAUGGGAAAGGGAACAGGGAGUUUCGGAAAGAGGAGGAACAAGACUCACACCCUCUGCGUGAGGUGUGGCCGCCGGAGCUUCCAUCUCCAGAAGAGCCGCUGCUCCGCCUGCGCCUACCCUGCCGCCCGCAUCAGGAAGUACAACUGGAGUGAGAAGGCGAUCCGUAGAAAGACAACCGGAACUGGCCGCAUGAGGUACCUCCGCCAUGUGCCCCGCCGUUUCAAGACCAACUUCAGAGAAGGCACUCAAGCUGCUCCAAGGAAGAAGGCAGCAGUAUCAUCCUGAGUGGCUUUCGAGCUGGUAUUUUGCGAGGGUUUCUUAAUUUUGUAUCAUUUCAAUUUGGUAUUUGAAGUUUUAAAACAAAUGAAGUUUUGGGUUAAUGUUACUAUUCCAAUGCUACUUUCUAAGAUUUGAUUUUAGAAUUUGGUCACUGAUGGAUGAUGAAAUGAAAUGCACUUUUUCGGUUUAACAAUUGGCUCCUUUAGUGUUUGAACUUCAAUCUUUUUUGUUUAUUUUAGCUUAAUAAAAUACUCGUAGAAUU